AUGAACCUCAAAGCUGCAGCUGUAUUGCUGCUCCUGAUAAGCGGAGCAAACUGUCAGGACGAUUCAUUGGCUGGGAGCUUUCUGUCAGGACUGCUAGAUUCGAUUACAAGCACAGAGGAUGCGAAAGGAUGUCCGGGAGUGUGUGUCCACACCCUGGCCACACUGAUAUGUUUCGAGGUGCUGGACGACAUUCCUUGUCCGUCUCCAAGCAUGAAGUGUUGUGUGGAAAGCAGUGCGGCCGCUGCCAACAUCACGACGACCCCACGGCCACGUACUACAACCACGACGAUGCGUCCGACCACUACGACGCCAAAACCGACGACAGAGGCUAAAAUAAAGGAAAAGGACAACAAGAACAAUUCAUCGUGUCCGGGCGUUUGUGUAGCGGACCGAAUCGCAGAAUACUGCGAGGCGUACUUGACGACGGCCGGUUUGUGUAAAAGCGGCUCGAAAUGUUGCGUUUCACGUGACAUCUACCCUGACAAUCCGCCCGACGAGCUGUACAUCCCGACGGCGCACUUCGAUUCGAAGACGAACAAAACCACCACCCCAAAACCAUACGCGAAAACGUCAGAGCGGCCACAUACCACCGAGGAACCGAUCAAAUCGAAAACUAAUCCAACACCGAAGCCAACGCUCAAGCCCACUAAACCGGCUCCGUCGAAACUGAAAACCCCACUAACGCAGCUGGCCAACGGUGGUCAGGGUCCGGUUCUGAAGGAAUGCGAAGGCGAGUGUGUAAACGGAUUGCUGGCGCUGUUCUGCGAUGAUGUCGACAGUGAAGCCUUCUGUCCCCACGAUGAGUCCUGCUGCAUCACUGGCGUGGCCGAGGACAACAAGCAGCAGCUCGUGACUACCACGAGGAGGCCAGCGACUCCGCCUCCAUUGCCACGGUGUCCCGGUUUCUGUCUGCUAAACAUCAUGGCGGCGUUCUGUGAACGUCCCUCGGUGCUAAUCCCAAACACAGCCAACUGCAAACGUGGUUCAGUCUGCUGUGAUAACACGCGUGCACCACCACCACGUCCUCCACAGCAGAAACGACCACCACCGACUACAACCACGACGACACCUGUCCCGACGACCACGGCGGCACCAGAUCCUCGUGAGGAAUGCCCCGGUUCGUGCAUCGUCAGUCUGCUCAGCUUCACCUGCUUCCGUAACGCCGAGAUGACGGAUCUUUUCAAGUGCAAGAAGUCCGGAACGCAGUGUUGCGCACCAAAGUCAAAGAUCCAGGAACUUCAGCAGGCUGCCGCCAGCAAGACAAAGUACAACGACACCAACCCUGGGGUCUACCCAGGACAACAGGGUCUACUUCCGGCGCCACCUUCGCAACAGCAACAACCCUAUCCGAUGCCACCAGCGGCCAUGCCGGCAUUGCCACCUCCACCAGCACCUCAACAGGUGCAGGCACCACUUGCACCUCACCAGCCAGGAGCUGGUUAUGGUCCGCCGGCACCAAAUCCCUAUCCCGGUCCGAUCAGCAACAACCUGUACGAGGUCCCACCAACACCUGUAGCACCAUACGCGCAGUCUCCGGUGUAUGAGCCACCGACGACAACUCCGCGACCACAGGUCUACUCGAAGUACGUGUGUGGUGUAAAGGGUACCAGCCGUGCGUCCAAGUCCUUGCUGGGUCGUGAGGUACUGCGUCAGGAACUGACUCGUACUUCACCUCGCCAAGCUCGCCACAUCGAUGCGGAUGGGUCGUACAAGUCGAAGAGUUCCGAGCGGCUUGUAUUGGGCAGCAGUAUUGUGCCAAUACCGAUCAUCUACCAUGACCACAACGACACAGUGCCCGAGGACUUGCUGCACCAUCCGAGCCUCAAGGAGAAUGCAACGAUGGCGAAAUACUGGGGUCACCAGCAUCGGAAGGGGCGCGUCGUGGGUGGAGAAGAUGGCGAAAAUGGCGAAUGGUGUUGGCAGGUGGCGUUGAUCAACUCCCUUAACCAGUAUCUCUGUGGAGCGGCCCUCAUCGGCACACAGUGGGUGUUGACGGCGGCGCAUUGUGUAACGAAUAUCGUGCGGUCAGGUGACGCAAUCUACGUACGCGUUGGUGACUAUGAUCUGACGCGCAAGUACGGUAGUCCCGGUGCUCAGACGUUGCGUGUGGCCACUACGUACAUCCAUCAUAACCAUAACAGCCAGACGCUCGAUAACGACAUUGCAUUGCUGAAAUUGCACGGUCAAGCCGAACUGCGUGAUGGAGUUUGCUUGGUAUGUCUACCGGCACGUGGUGUUAGCCAUGCCGCUGGAAAACGCUGCACAGUGACGGGCUACGGUUACAUGGGCGAAGCAGGUCCAAUCCCGCUGAGGGUGCGCGAGGCCGAGAUCCCAAUCGUCAGUGACACCGAGUGCAUUCGCAAGGUGAACGCGGUCACGGAGAAGAUCUUCAUCCUGCCAGCGUCCAGCUUUUGUGCCGGUGGUGAGGAGGGUAACGACGCCUGCCAGGGAGACGGUGGAGGUCCACUUGUCUGCCAGGACGAUGGGUUCUUCGAGCUGGCGGGACUGGUGUCGUGGGGCUUUGGAUGCGGGCGCGUGGACGUGCCGGGUGUCUACGUGAAGGUGUCAUCGUUCAUCGGAUGGAUCAACCAGAUCAUUAGCGUUAACAAUCAGUAG